GGCCAGGCGCCUGGCUUUUCCCGGAGGGAAAGCUGGGAGUGCGCUCUGCUGCCAGGACCCCGGUUCUUACUGGCACCCCGUCUUGCGGCGCAGAGAUUCUCAGUCUUUUGCCUGCAAAGUCACCCGAGUCACAGCCUUCCUGCUGCACCCUCGGGGCACGUGACUGGCCCGGGUCAUGUGACAUCAGAUCCCGCCAGCUGAGGCCCGUUGCCCUGGCAACAGCUGGCCCUCAAGGCCUUCCGGGCUAGGGCGCGCUCCGCUGCUCAGAUUCUCUGUCAAGAUCUGGUUUCUGAGGUGUUAUCACAGACAAUAUGUAUAAAGCUGGAAAUAUCUUGGAGCCCACCUCCGAACAACUGGAUGAAAUUGGAAGCAUGAGACCUGACAGGCUGCUUUUCCAAGGUGGUUUGCUUUGAUGCUACCCUAGAUGUGUUUCCAGUGCUGUAAAUACUUCUAGAAUGCUUGCUUCGGGAAGGGAAAAUUACUGACUAUGGCUCGCUAUUCCAAAGAAGAGUUGGAUGAAGAAUUUGAACAAUUUAUGAAAGAGGUUUCAGAUGAGUCUUUUGAAAAUUCAAACAAAACACCAAGACAACCUAAAAAAGCAAUGAAGAAGGAUACAACACCUUGGUGGAUAACAGAAGAUGAUUUUCAAGAUGAUGGACUGCUUGGAACAAAUGUAAGUUACUUGAAGACAAAGAAGAGUUCUCAGCCUAUUAUGGAAACAGAAGAGGAGUCAGCUGAAAGACUUCAGCUUCUUAAGAGCAGUGGAACCUCUAUCUUAAGUGUUGACAGCUUAGAAGCAAAUGAAUUGAUGGUUUCUGAGCUAAAUCAUAGUGUCUUUGGACUGGGGUUGGACACAUUGGAAGAACAGGAAGAGAAAGAACAGCUUUUUGCCAGGCUUGAGAAAGGCUUGACAUCAUCCAUUGAUUAUUCCAAAUUAAAUAAAGAAUUGGAUUCUGAUGACUCCACACAAUUUAAAGCUUUAUAUAGUUAUCAAGCUAAUGCAGAACUAGCUGAAGAUGAACAUAAGAAUCCAUUGAAACAUGAGGAACUGCCAGAAAAUUACAGUGAUCAUUUUGAAGAUGCAGACCAUAUUGAUGCACCUUUGGUUAUUAAAGAUGAAGAGAUUCAUCCCAAGGAAAAUCCUGAAUCAGAGAAGGUAAAUAUGCCCAUCAGGAAGAAGAAAACUGGCAUGCUGGCUAAUGUUGUAUUGCUCGACUCGUUAGAUUCUGUGGACGAGGUCAACCUUGGUGAAGAAGAUAAAGCAACAGCUCAAGCAAAGGCCCUCCCAGAAAUGACUGACAGUGCAAUGACAGAAAUAGGUGUUUCUUAUGGACAAAGCAAUGGUGACAUCGAAGCCCUGCAUCAGGCUUAUUGUCAUGUAGCUCAUUCUCUGGGAGAUACCGAGGAAACGAGAAUUGAGACUAACACAGAAAAUAGCAAGUGCUCAGUACAAGAUCAUAUUCAAGAAAAUGAAGAGUCUUCAAAAAACAUCUCUACCACUGAAUCUGAUCUGCCUACAGUAGAGGAGCUGAUGAAUCCUAUCAGAAUAGAUUCCUGUGGGGUCAGGGCCUUUGAGUUACUACCUAUCAGCUCUAAGAAAAUAACUGACAGUAAAAAAGGUGAAUAUGUGAGCUCUUCACUCCAUGAGAUGAAUGCAAAUGUUGUAUCCCAAGACCCAAGGCUUACAAACCAGUUUUCCAGAAAAAAUGAUGAAAAUACAGUUUUACAAAAGACAGCAAUUGAGAGUUUGGAAAAUAGCUGUCCAACAGUAACUGCUACAGAAGAACAUAUUGAUAAAAUGUACCUUGAUAUUUUGAGGGAGAAAAUAGCUAUUAACCCUUCAUUAUUGCCUCAGGAAUGCAAAACUAAUAAAACUUUCAGAUCUCAGCUCACUUUUGGAGAAGAGGAUGCUGUAGCUGGUAAACAGGUGCCGUGCAAGAAGGCCAGAAGUGCACCUCCUCUGCUUAAAAGGAAAAUGCAGAGUGGAUUGUAUGCAUCAGUUAGGAGCUCAGGCUAUGGCAAACCCAGUUCACCACUCAAGUCAUUUUCUGCUUUUGAAAAGAAAACUUCAAAGGACAUUAUGAAAAGCAAAAACAUGAGAUCCAUUCCCCCUUCAAAGCAAGCUAGGAAAAAAGAAAUGUUAUCUGGAACAAAACUCAUCAAGCCUGCAGCUUUGAGUAAACCAGCUCCCCAAACUGAAAGUUGCCUGGCUACACCUAAGAAGUCUGAGGACCCACAGGGGAUUCUUUUGUUCAGUUUCAGACAUGCCGCAGAGGAAUCUUCGAGACACUGCACUGGGAGCAAAGAGACAGAGCUGAAUAUGUUUAAAAGAGGUCGGGAAGCAGAAGAAGAGUGGAGGGGUGCACAGGCCCUCAGGGAGCAAAUUAAAGUCAUGCUCUCCGAAAAAGAGAAGGAGGUGGAACAUAAAUUGGAAUCCCUGAAGAGACAACAGGAAAAAGAACUCUUUAAAUUAAAUCAGGAAAACUACAUUCUUCAAGCCAAGUUAAGUAGCUUUGAAGAAACAAGCAGAAAACAAAGAUGGUUACAGUUUGGAGAGGCAUCUGAUCCCAUUACUGGAGAAAAACUGAAGCAAAUCCAAAAAGAGAUAGGAGAACAAGAGACCCUCCUUCAAGGCUAUCAGCAGGAAAAUGAAAGAUUGUAUAAUCAAGUAAAAGAUCUCCAAGAACAAAAUAAGAAAAAUGAGGAGCGAAUGUUUAAGGAAACAAAUUUAUUCAGCGAGUUAGCGUCUCUAAA